AUGUCCCGCCGCGCAACCAGAGGCGCCAUCAUCGCCCUCUCCCACGGCGGCGGGCCGCUCCCGCUCCUGGGCGACCCUCACUCCGCCGCCAUGGCGGCCUCGCUGCGGACGCGGGUCCCGUCCAUCCUGAAGCUCAACUCGCCGGACCCCGCAGAGCGGCCAAAGGCCAUCAUCCUCGUGACGGCCCACUGGAUCGCCAAGUCGCCGCGCUCCUUCCCCGAGGUCACCUCUGGGGCGCGCCCGGAGCUCAUCUACGACUACUACGGCUUCCCGCCCGAGAGCUACAAGUUCAAGUACCCGGCGCCGGGGAGCCCCGAGCUGGCCGCGAAGCUUGCAGCCGUCGCCGCCGACCACGGCCUGUCGCCGCGCCUGCACGAGGACCGCGGGUGGGACCACGGCGUGUUCGUGCCGCUGCUGCUGGCGUGGCCCGGGGCCGACGUGCCGGUGCUGCAGGUGUCGGUGCUCGGGGGCGACGACGCGCGCGCCCACUUCCGCCUCGGCCGCGCGCUGGGCGAACUGCAGCGUCGCGAGGCCGAGGCCGGCAACGGCCCCAUCGCCAUUGUCGGCUCCGGGUUUGCUUCUUUCCACAACCAGCGCCUCAUGUUCUCGGGCAACACCACCGGGUCUGAAGCCUUCAUGUCUGGCCACAAGGCCUGGAACGCCGCCGUCACCGACGCCGCCACCACCAAGGACGUCCAGGCCAGGGAGGACAAGUUCGCCGCCUGGAGGAGCUUCCCCGACGCCUUUGUCAGCCAUCCACCUCGUGGGGCGGAGCACUUCAUGCCGCUGGCCGUUUGUGCUGGAGCUGCUGGAGAAGAGGAAGCAAAAUUCUACAUUGACGACUGUAUGGGAUUGGACAUCUAUUCGUAUUAUUGGGACUGA